UCGAACAUCAGACGAUGGCAACAUCAGAAAUGGUAAUGCGCCAACUUCCAGUUUCCUUUCGUCAGAGUUCUUGGAAUACUGGCACCGCAGCUGCUAGAUUUUGCACAAGUAAUUUGUCCUUGCAGCAGCCUUUCACCAAAAUGCCUAGCUUCAACGGCACGUCUCAUCCAGCACGAUUCUUGGGCGACCGUAGGAAAGGAGUUCAAGUCUGGUCCCAAGACAUGGUAACGCCGAGUAUGGCGCCAGUGGAGUUGCUGAAGGCGUGGAACGAUGAGUACAAUGGCGUCAUUAUUGAACCAACAAGCUUACCCUCUACUGCCAACGCUUUUGCAUCGGCCCUCCGAGCUUCUUUAUCCUCCUGGAGAUCACAGGGGAAGAAGGGGAUAUGGCUGAAGCUACUUGAAGAGCAAGCAGAGCUUGUUCCUAUAGCCAUUCAGGAGGGUUUUGCUUACCACCACGCUGAACCUGGAUAUCUUAUGCUCACUUACUGGAUCCCUGGUGACCCGUGUUUACUGCCCUCCGGCCCUUUUCAUCAGAUAGGCGUUGCUGGAUUUGUUAUCAAUGACAACAAAGAGAUACUUGUGGUAAAAGAAAAUUGCUCUUGUAGUUGCUACGGUGUGUGGAAAUUGCCAACUGGUUAUAUCGAGAGGUCUGAAGAAUUGUUCUCGGGAGCUGUAAGAGAAGUCAAGGAAGAAACUGGUAUCGACACAACAUUCGUCGAGCUAGUAGCUUUCAGGCAUGUCCACCAAGUGGCAUUUGAGAAAUCGGACCUGCUUUUCGUGUGCAUGCUUAAGCCAUUAUCCUUCGAGAUCAAGAUUGAUGUAAAGGAAAUUCAGGAUGCAAAGUGGAUAACUGUGGAUGAACUCAAAAGCCAAGAGUUCUAUGAAGAAGAUCAGAUGUGGAAAAGCGUCGUUGCGAUUUGUAUGGCAGCGUAUGAAAAUACAUACGACGGAUUCAUCGCAAAUCAAGUGGUGUCCAAGUUUGAUGGGAAGCUAUCCCACUUGUAUUACAAGGAUAUGAACAGUAUUUAGGGAUUUUCAGCUAUUUAAUAUGUCCAAAUUAUGUUUGUAUAUGUGUAUGUAUAUUUUUACGGGCAAAAAAUAUAAUUUUAGUCCGCUAAUAAUAGGAUGGUGGCACUUUCAGUCCUAUCAA